UAAUAAACAAUCUUACAAAUACAUCAUAUACAUCAUGGUGGGUGGCGAUGGUGGCCGUGGCAUUCAAGUUCUCAACAUUUCCAAUGUUAAUGCCCAGGGCAAGACUGUUCUGAAUGAUGGCAAGCUGUUGGAGUUGAUACAACAAUAUCCCUUUAUCUACAAUCCUCGAGUGAGGUCCUACGGAGACCCAGACUAUACGAUGUGGGCAUGGAAACGUAUUAAUGCUGCCUUUAAUCGUAGCUAUGAAAACGAUCCCUUUGCGGCAUUUUCUAUAUCCGAUUUAAUUAGUCGCUGGCAAGUUUUAAAACCUUUAAUACAAUGCCUGAGCAAGGCAUAUGAUCUACAGGCCAUACCCAGCUCUUUAAGGCAAUCUGUGCUGCACAUCAAUGCUGAAUUGGAGGAUCCAAGAUCGAAUUCAAAUCCGAAAUCCAAUAACCCGGCCCAGAAUCUUUUACAAGACUACAUGCCAGAAAUUGCUGAAUUGCCGCUGGAAAAACGUUUAGCCCUGGAGAAAGAUAUCUUGGAGGUAUUAUUCCGGACUGAAUUGGAUAGUAAACAGGUGAAAAUGCUAGAUUUCAACGAGGCGAAACAAGCCAAUCAUGAAGCUGAUGACUUGCUUAAUGAUAUCGGUUUCAAAGCCGUCUUCGAAAGAGCAUGGAAACAAAGAAGACUAAUGAAUAACAACACAGAUGUUGCAAAACAACUAUAUGGUAUCAAUCCAGCAAGAUUAGUUCGCUUAUCGGAGGCCCACAAGCAUAUACGGCCGUGUUAUGUUAAUGUUAAGCGCAUGAAUUUGGAAGAUUAUCUUCCAUUGGCACAGAUUAAGAAAUUCUAUAGUAAAAGAUAGUUGUGAAGAUAAAUAACCCUGUGCAAUAGGGUAAGAGAACCGGAACCGGUCUGAGUAUUUUCACAAGCAUGUUCGUCACCAAACUGAUUUCGAGCUCCAACUAAGGCAUAGUGUUAUUUUUCUAUAACGAAUUGUAGCUCCUACAAACUAAUAAAUAAUAUAAAUGUAAGUUUUAAUUGAAUAAGUUAUGUAUAAGAAAGAUUUUGCCAUUGAAUAAAAUAAUCUACACUUUA